AUGGCAGAAGCAGGGUGGACAAGAGAAGAAAAAAGAAAAAAGAAAAAUGAAAAAUAUAUACUUGAAUAUCACCACCACCACCACCUUCCCUCUCUCGAAAAUCACCUCAACCCACCCUCAACAUUAUCGGCAUUAAAUCUUGAAAAAUCUAUACAUGCAGGAUUUUGUAGGUUUGGUUAUCUGGUGAAGUCGAUGCUCUUAACCUUUGAUUUUGAGGUGAAGGUGGUGUUGAAUUUAGAGCUCCUUGUGUCAAUAAGAAACAAAUUAUUUCAUAAAUAAUUUGAAGGAGAAUUGGUUUUUGAAUAGUUUUUUUGAGCCGACAUCUGUCCUGGAUACUGUAAGGAGACAAAGAGGGUUAACAUCGUCGUGAACGCUGUCUUCCUCUUUACGCGGUGCCGGCAGCCCAGCUGGUGGUGCUGCUGGUUCUACUGACACGGCCGGCGUGGUGGCGGUUUCAGGGAAUAAUACCAACCUAUGUUCCGAAUGGCGGCAAGACUCCACCACUUCCACCAGCUCCAAUGCCGGAGCUAAUUGUGAGCUCCUCCCCGUUCCUCCGUCUCUCCAGAUCGGCAACAUCUCUGCCCCCAACACCGCGACUGCCAACACGGAAAAAUGUUCAAUGGACGACUGGGAGAGCGUACUGUCGGAGUCUGUUGCCGCCUCUCCUAGUCAAGAGCAGUCCAUUCUACGGUGGAUCAUGGGGGAUGUGGAGGACCCUUCAAUGGGUAGCUUGAACAAGGUUCUCCAAAUCGUUAGUGGCCCUAUGCCGCCGCCGCCGGACUUUGAGUUCAAUGGUGGGUUUGGGGUUGUGGAUCAGACAUUUGGUGCAGACCCAGUUGGCCAAUUUGGUGCGAAUUUCAUCUCCCCAGUUCCCAACUUUAUGCACAAUUUAAAUUUCUCCAUGAACAGAUCCAGCAACCCAUCAUCAAAUCUGCCUAAUAACGUGUUCCCUUCGGUGCCCAAUAAUCUUGGAGCAUUUGAUUCUUCACAGAUGCUAUUAAAUCAGAAUCAAUCUCUGCACUCACCACACCCCUCAUUUUUCAUGCCAUUAUCAUAUGCACAGCAGCCAGCCCCGAAUCUAUUCUUGCCGCCACAGGCGAAAAGGCACAACCAUGGCGGGGCUAUUGGUGUAGGUCUUGAGUUGCCCGGCGGCCACAUCCCCAAAGGGCCCUUUUUGGAUACUGGGCAAGAACUGUUAAUGGCAAGACAACAACUGUAUCACGACCAGCAGCCACCGCCUGAGGGCCUUCCUCACCAGCUUCAGUUACUUCCUCAUUGUCUACAGCAAAGACCGUCAACAGCAAUGGGAUCAGGAUCAAAGCCAAAAAUGGAAGGGGAUGAAUUUGGACAUUGCCCUCAGCAACAGCAACAGCAGCAGGCGAUAAUCGACCAGCUAUACAAGGCUGCUGAGCUGGUCCAGACUGGAAAUCCGGCACCUGCCCAAGGGAUAUUGGCGCGGCUCAAUCACCAGCUCUCUCCCAUUGGUAAGCCUUUCUAUAGGGCUGCUUUCUAUUGCAAAGAGGCAUUGCAACUUCUUCUUCAUACUAAUGACAACGCCAACUCUACUGUCACUGCAUCUCCGUUUAGUCUCAUAUUUAAGAUUGGUGCCUACAAAGCCUUCUCGGAAAUCUCCCCCGUAGUACAAUUUGCCAAUUUUACUUGCAACCAAGCCCUCCUUGAAGUAUUUGAAGGAUUUGAUAGAAUUCAUAUUGUAGAUUUUGAUAUUGGGUAUGGUGGGCAAUGGGCAUCACUGAUGCAGGAGCUUGCAUUGAGGAGUAUUGGCACACCGUCCCUGAAAAUUACUUCAUUUGCCUCAUCCUCAACCCAUGACCAAUUAGAGCUCAGCCUUACCCGUGAGAAUCUAAUUCAGUUUGCUAAUGAAAUCAAUAUUGCAUUUGAGUUUGUGGUUAUGAGCGUUGAUUCUUUGAAUUCCAGUUCGUGGUCUAUGCCUUUUCAUGUACCGGAGAAUGAAGUGGUUGCUGUGAAUCUCCCUGUUGGUUCCCUUGCAAGUUACCAGUUAUCUAUACCUUUAAUUCUUCAUUUUGUUAAGCAGCUUUCGCCAAAAAUUGUGGUUUCUGUGGACAGAGGAUGUGAUAGGACUGAUCUACCAUUUCCCAACCACAUAAUUCAUGCACUUCAAUCUUAUUCUAACCUCCUUGAGUCCCUAGAUGCUGUCAAUGUGAAUAUGGAUGUGCUGGAAAAGAUCGAAAGGCUCUUUCUUCGAUCAGGAAUUGAGAAAAUUGUAAUGGGUCGAUUUCGAUCCCCUGAAAAAACGCAGCAUUGGAGGACUCUGUUUUUAUCAUCCGGUUUCUCCCCUAUAACAUUUAGCAAUUUCACAGAAUCACAAGCAGAGUGUCUGAUGAAGAAGACUCCUGUGCGGGGAUUUCAAGUUGAGAAAAGGCAGUGUUCACUUGUUCUUUGCUGGCAACGGAAAGAACUGAUCUCUGCAUCGGCUUGGCGAUGCUGAAAACAUAAGUAGAUUUCUCAAUUCUGCCUCAUUGUGAAUGUGCCUUUAGAUUCACAAUCCCCUUGAACAUUCCCCUUUGCUAAUUGUACUUGUGGCUUAGACAUAUUGUUUCUGCCUUUAGGCAUUUUAGUACUGGAUAUCCUGAUAUAGUUCUUUUCAAGAUAUGGUAUUACUAUUACAAUGCUCUCAUACUUUUUUUAAAAGGUGUAAUUUGUUGUUGAAUAUUUGUCUUAACUGUACAAAUACGCUGAAAUUCUAGUCGGUGGAUCUUCAUAUUCCACGGUGUGUCAUGGAAUUCAUUGUUAGAUGUAUCACAAUUUCGAAUCUAGUGAAAGUACGCUCCCAUGCA